CAAGUGUUGACGGUUCUGAAAGCGGUGGCAAUUUUGAAUCUAUAAAAAAAAUAUGAAUUAUAUUAAAUGGUCUUCAUAUUUUAUUUUCAUUAUAUUAUUGUAUUUUAAUAUUUUGGAACAAUGCAAUAUGGAAGUGAUUUCACCAAAGUUUUGCGAAUCAGAUGACAUGGAAGGCUUGAUUCGUUGGUACAGUGAUGUUUAUAAAUUUGUAAAAUCUAAUGAAGAUUUGAAUAAACGCCUAACUGAACUAGAGGGUGAAAUUAAAAGACUCAACAGAAAACUUGAACAUCAAGAGGAACACAUAAAUGGUGAAAUCGUCAUACAACGACGCAUGGAUGGCUCUGAAAACUUUUAUCGCGUAUGGGAGGACUACAAACAUGGCUUCGGCAAUCAAAGCAGAGAGUUCUUUAUUGGUCUACAACGUCUGCAUAAACUCACCAAUAGUCGGCGCUUUGAGUUGUGGGUGGUCAUGGAGGAUUUUGAUGAUGUUCGUCGUUAUGCCAAAUACGAUAAUUUUGUGGUAGCGAGUGAAAAGGAAAACUAUAAAUUACAAAGUUUGGGCCAAUACGAGGGUACAGCUGGUGAUUCUUUGACCUAUCAUUUGGGUUAUAGUUUCACCACUAAAGAUCGAGACAAUGACGUUGAUCAAGGCAACAAUUGCGCUCAGUUAUAUGUGGGUGCUUGGUGGUACAAAAGCUGUCAUGCCUGUAAUCUAAAUGGCGAGUAUUUAAGGGGCUCAACCACACUCUAUGGUAGAGGAGUUAUUUGGAAUGCCUUUCGGGCCCUUUAUUAUUCUUUGAAAUUUGUUGAAUUGUCCAUACGUCCUAAAUUAUUUUAAUGCUUAUUAAUUGAAAGGCAAUAUUAAUUAUAUGCUACUAACUUGCAUGCAAUUAAAUAAUGUU